AUGCCGGACUCAAAGAAAUCCAAAAAGAGCGGCAAGGCCGACAAGCAGGCCGGGACUGUUAUCACCGAUCCCAGAUUUGCUAAUAUCCAGUCCGAUCCGCGAUAUCGUCUUCCCAGCAAGCGCCAGACCCAUGUGAAGCUCGACAAGCGUUUUGCGCACAUGCUGCGCGACAAGGAUUUCUCCCGGAAUGCCGCUGUUGAUCGCUAUGGACGGAAGCUUGCACGCGAUGACACGAAGAAGCAGUUGGAGAGAUUUUACCAGUUGGAGGGGGCCGAGGACGAGGAUGAAGAUGAGGAUGAGGAGGAAGACGGAAUGGUCGCUGAUGACGAUGACGAGGUUCGCAAGGAGUUGAAACGGGUAGAUAAGGCGUAUGAUCCUGCUCGGGACGGAGGAUUCUCAUCCUCGUCCUCGGAAGAGGAGAGCUCGAGUGAGGAAGAAAGUGAAGAAGAGGACGAGGAGGAGGAGCAGAGUAUUGAAGAGCUGGAGUUUCCCGAUAAACAGCAGGUGGAUGUGCCGACGGGAGAAGUCACGAAUCGCAUUGCGGUGGUCAACCUGGACUGGGACAAUAUCCGGGCGGAGGAUCUAAUGGCUGUGUUUUCCAGCUUUGUUCCGACGGGCGGCCGGGUGUUGAAGGUCUCUGUGUACCCGAGCGAGUUUGGCAAGGAACGUAUGGAGAGGGAGGAAACGGAGGGUCCUCCUCGGGAGAUUUUCGCGACGAGCAAGCGCGAGGAGGAAGACGAUGAGGAGAACGAAGAGGAUCUUGAUUCGGAAGAAGAGGAGGAGAAGAUCAAGCAGUCGAUAUUGAAGGAAGAUCAGGGCGAGGAGUUCAAUUCUACCCAGUUACGAAAGUAUCAACUGGAACGACUGCGGUACUUCUACGCCAUCCUGACAUUCUCGAGCAAGGAUGUUGCGAAACAUGUCUAUGACUCCGUGGACGGAGCCGAGUAUCUAUCUAGUGCCAACUUCUUUGACCUUCGAUUCGUACCGGACGAUACGGACUUCUCCGACGACAAGCCGCGCGACGAAUGUGAACGGAUUCCAGACGGAUAUCAGCCGAAUGAGUUCGUGACUGAUGCGCUGCAGCACAGCAAGGUCAAGCUUACAUGGGACGCGGAAGACAGGUCGCGUAAGGAAGCUCAAGCCCGAGCGUUCAGAGGCAGUCGCAAGGAUAUUGACGAGAACGAUCUGAAGGCCUAUCUUGCCAGUGACAGUUCUGAUGAUGAGGCAGAAGAAGAGGCGGUGGAAGUUGUUGAUACUACAAAGGGAGACGGGUCUAGUACAAAGAUCUCCAAGAAAGAGGAAGAACGCCAGCGCCAGCGGGCUCUCCUGGGCUUAAGUACAGAGCCUCUCAAGUCCUCCAAAUCAUCUGGUCCUGUUGGCGAAAUGGAGGUGACCUUCACCUCGGGCUUGGCUGGGGAGCCCAACCGCGACACCGUCUUCGAGAACGAGCCCGAGAAAGAGGAGACUACGAUCGAGAAGUAUGUACGGAAAGAGCGUGAGCGCAAGAAGCGGAGAAAGGAGAAGCUCAAGGCCAUGAAGCGCGGGGAAACUGAAGGGGAGGCGAAGGCCGAGACCAGCGAGGACGACGCAGAGUCUACAGGCGAAGGACAAGCUCCGCAGGAAGACUUGGGCUUCAACGAUCCGUUCUUUGACGAUCCGGAUGGCAAGGCCACUGCUGCCGCUCGUCGCAAGGAGGAGAAGCGUAAGAAGCGCGCUGAACGCGAGGCCGAGGAGGCGGCGAAUGCGGCUAAGCGGGCCGAACUGGAGCUCCUGAUGCUGGACGACAACAAAUCAGGAAUCAAACACUUUGAUAUGAAUGAGAUCGAGAAGGCACAGAAACAAGCCCGCAAGAAGAACAAGAAGAAGGCAAAGGAGCAGGCUCAAACAGUCAAUGACAAUUUCCAGAUGGACGUCAGCGAUCCUCGUUUUGCAAGGCUGUUCGAGAGUCACGAAUAUGCCAUCGAUCCUACCAACCCGAAAUUCAAGCCCACACCGGGCAUGAAGGCACUGCUGGAUGAAGGACGCAAGCGACGGAGGGAUCGGGACGACCGAGGGGAAGAAGAAGCCGACGCCAGCUCGCGUGAUAGGAAGAAGAAAAAGCAGAAGCAGAGCGCUGCAGGCAACGCUGGCUCGGAUGAUUUGAAGAAGUUGGUCGACAAAGUGAAGCGCAAGACGCAACAGACUUGA